AUGUCCAUAAAUCUGGAAGUUGCUCUUAGCAUCUGGAGAGGGCCAAAUGUGAACUGCGUUGACAGUACUGGAUACACCCCACUGCACCAUGCUGCUUUGAAUGGUCAUAAGGAUGUGGUGGAAGUUCUGCUGAGGAAUGACGCGCUCACCAACGUAGCAGACUGUAAAGGCUGUUACCCUCUUCACCUGGCAGCUUGGAAAGGAGACGCAGACAUAGUGAAACUCCUCAUCCAUCAGGGACCUUCGCAUACUAAAGUGAAUGAGCAGAAUGCUCUUGAGAUCAAAGAACUCAAAAAGUACGGCCCCUUUGACCCAUAUAUCAAUGCCAAGGUGUGUACUUUGCUGUCAGCAUUUCACUGCAUCAUUACUCCAAGCUGCACUCGCGUGCUUCCAGGUGCAAUGUCAUCCAGUUGCAGUAAUACCUGUUCAGUUUGCAGCUGCUUGGGGAAAAGUAAAAUGUGACCUUUUAUUUACUGUGGGUUUCUUUCUUCAAAGCAGUUAUAGAAACAUAAUUUAAGGGAAGCUUUUCCUUACUUUCCU